AUGGCUUCGAUCUCCAAAAGUAUCAUCUUCCUUCUUAUCUCCACUCUCUCGAUCAUCCUCACCCACCAGCAUCAACACCCACUGGACCCCCUAACGCCAAUCGAAUUCUUUCAAGUACGAACCAUAGUCCACAACUCAUACCCCAUAUCAACCCACACCACAGCCUUUCACUACGUUGGGCUAGAAGAGCCAAACAAACCCACCAUUCUUUCAUGGCUAAAAGACCCAAACACCAAAACCCCACCUCGGCAAGCUUUUGUCAUUGCACGUAUUAACCAAACCACUCAUGAAAUCAUUAUUGACUUAACAGUGAACAAGAUCUUUUCUGAUAAAGUUUAUAGUGGUUAUGGCUACCCUUUGCUUACUUUUGAAGAGCAAAUAGCUGCAAAUGCGUUGCCGCUUAAAUACCCACCGUUUGUGGAGUCCGUUAGAAAGAGAGGGCUCAAGAUUGAAGAGGUUGUAUGUGGGAGUUUUACUAUUGGUUGGUAUGGAGAGAAAAGAAGGAACCAAAGGGUUGUUAGAGUCAUGUGUUACUAUUUAGAUGGCACUGUGAAUGCGUACAUGAGGCCUGUUGAAGGAGUUACUGUGACCGUGGAUCUUGAAGGGACGAAGAUUAUAGGAUUUACAGACAGAUUAACGGUCCCGAUACCAAAAGGAGAUGGGACUGACUAUAGAGGAUCAAAGCAAAGGCCUCCUUUCCUGGCACAGUUGAAGGGGAUCACGAUGGUUCAACUUGACGGUCCAAGUUUUACUGUUAAUGGACAAAGGAUUAGGUAA